GAAGACGGGAGACGAAAGCAGAACGGGCUUCACGGGGCGUGGUGGGGGGCGGCGGGCGAGGAAGACAGUUAACAGGCGACAGGAAGAGUUCGUCCAUUCACGGGAGGAGAGAAGCUCAGCGAGCUUGACAACAGAGAACAGCAUUCAGCCCCCUCAGCCCCGUGCGCAAUUCCCAGCUUCCUUCCUUCCUCCUCCUCCUUCUCCACUAGAUUCGGCGCUCUCGUCCAAACUGUGGUCCCCAAACUGGGCCUUUUUGGAUACUUGCUGAUAUUUCCACUUCACCUGAGUAGUGACUCCCUCUGAUCCAGGAAUUGUUGACUCCCUGCUCGUCGCGGCCGGACCGAUCCCCGUCGAUAAGGAGGAGAGAUCCUCGUGCUAGCAACGCUCCUCUGGACAGAGAUACGCAGUCAUUCCGGCUGUCUUGCACAUUGGUGGGUCUCUGACAAAUCGACUGACAGAGGGAGGAGAAGAGCACCAUGAACGAGAACCGAGGCAUGGACUUGUCAGCUAUCGCGUUCAUGGCAAGUGGCCAGAAUUGGCAAUUCUGAUUCGAAUUGGACCACUUGGAGAACGAGGCUGCUGAAGCGCAUUCCCGAAGGCUGGACGGAGGAAGGGACAAAAAUUUACCAGGAGUUGCUGCCGAGGCUUCGCUCUCUGAUCUCCAGUAGCAUGUGGAGGUCUGCCUUCGGCUGGAAAAUGUGUGAGUAUUGGUUUUGCAGCUCCGGGGUGGAGGAUCAGCCCGUUUUCACCGUCUGCUGAUCGACCAAUCGGCUGCAGCUGCUAUCGGUCGCGUGAUAUCCUGCAGGCCAUUGACUUCCUGUCCUCACGAAUUCACGAGAGACUGACACAUAGGAGUGCAACCUCGGAUCUUCAACUAGAUUCGGUGGGGAAAGUAGCUCACAAAGGGCGAAAAAACAGGAAAUAGAAGUGUAAUACAUCGGGGUGACAGAAGCCUGCUGGAAGGCGCACGAGAACAGAGCAGAACAGGAAGGGUACUUGUCUGGAGAAGCAGACAGACAGAGAAGACGGCAUCUCUUGUGUGUCAGAAUCCAGAGCUAUGGAGGCGAUGACGGCGAACAGAUGGGCUGGAAGUUUGAGCCAGAGAGUGGCCAAGUUAGUGCCCACGACGAGGAAUGUGAGCAUUGAGAAGGAGAAUUUGGCUCAUACCUUGCUGACCCACUUCGCCACGCUCUUGGACGCAUUGGCUCUUCUUUUGAAGGACAUGCAGAGGGAUGCCGACGCUCGAAGCGCUGACUACAAGAACCUGCAGAACGGGAAGCUUGAGGAGCAGCUGGAAGGGUUAGAGAAUUUUCUGGAAUCUUAUAGAGAUAAAUGUAAUCUAUACCUCCUGAGCAAUUGUCCUCAGAUCAGGAAGCGAGUCCAGAUCUUCAGUAGAGCGCUGAGUGAGGCAUUAGAAUCCGUGAUGCAAAAUUCCUGGAGCACAGAGAUGCAGUUACGCAUAGCGCAGGUGAAGGAAGCGUUCGAGUCAUCGUCCCCGAAACUGGACGCUAAGCAGCAUGCCAUCCUCGACUCCUUGGAGCCGGAGAUGCUGGACUCUGUGGUAGCAGAUUCUGCACGAUGCACCAAGCUCGUGCAGCAAAUCGCCGAGAGCUUCGAACUGAAAUUGGACAGCGAUCAGUUCGCCAAGGAGCUUAGUAAGCUCAAGGAGGACAAGGAGACCGUGGAGAAUGCGAAAGGGAAAGCUCAAGCUCUCUAUCUGGAGCAGUUCUUGACAUUAUUGGAAAAGGGCGUGGUGGCCAAGAUCAAGCCUGCGAGUGAAGUGGGGGCUGUGCCCAUGCCUCUAAGGAGGGAGUUGACGAUGAGAAACGCGCCCCUAAACACUCCCCUUCAGUCUUUCAUCUGCCCCAUCACGCGAGAUGUUAUGCGGGACCCCGUGCAGAUUGCAUCGGGGCAGACUUUCGAGAGGGAAGCUAUCGAGCGGUGGUUUGCCGAGGGCCACACUCGAUGUCCCUUGGGAGUGGAGCUCAAAAGCACGAAGAUGAAGUCCAACAUUGCCCUCCGGCAGUCCAUUGCAGAGUGGAAGGAUAGGAACUUCACCAUCAGAAUCCAAGACGCAGAGGCCAAUCUUCAGUCCACCAGUUUCGAGGAUCAGGAAAAGGCAGUGCAGGAGUUGCAGAGAAUGUGCGAGGAGUAUAGCAUGAACAAGUAUACCAUAGCCUCCAGAGGUCUGCUCCGACCCCUGGUGCGUUUGGCAGAGGAGCAAAGGGACCUCCGAACAAAAGUGUUUGCUGCUCUGCGUAUCCUUGCGGAAGAUAAUGUGGAGAAUCAGGAAGUUAUGGUGGAGGAAGGCCUCAUCUACUUGUUGGUCAGAUCUUUAGCCCGAAAGCCCGAAGCGUCACUGCAAGCGGUGCUUCUCUUGUCCAUGCUGUCUAAAAGGCCGAGUUUCUCGGAGAAGAUCAGUAAUGCUCACGGUGCUGUCCUUCUGCUGGUAACGGAGCUUCACAACGAGAACGAGGAGAUCGCCGAAAGUGUGAAGAUAAUACUCGAGAAUUUGCCCACCAGUGAUGAAAACAUUGUCGUCAUGGCAGAAGCUAAUUUUAUGAAGCCUCUUGUUACUCGGCUUGUGGAAGGAGGGCCAUCUUCAAGACUGGCUAUGGCAAAGACUCUGGCAACCUUAGAAAUGCCAGAAGAGAGCAAGAAGCAGGUGGCAACGGAAGAAUCUAUCUCGACUCUGCUGGAAAUGGUUCAGUCGAAUGACGAGGAAGAGAAACUAUCAGCCGUAGAAGCUCUCGUUCAGCUGACCACUAUAAGACAAGUCUGUGUACUAGUAGCGACAGCGAAGACCCCCGGCCCAAACAUACUGGUUCCAUUGCUGAGCUCAGCGAAGGAGUCAGUAGGCUUGAGAAGUGCACUGGCCAACGUCAUGGCAAAUGUGAUGACCUCAUUGGCCGAUCAGUGGGUGCCCGCGGAGGACAAGGAGGAGCAGAUCCAUACUCUGGUGUGCAAAUUCCUGUCAUUCUUCUUUCCCCCACAAGCUCAGUGUCAUGUACUUCGCGGCCUCCUGGGCCUGCUUAAGGGCAAGGACACGGCCGACAUUGCUGAGAAAAUGUUGAUGGAGAAUAAUGCUCUCACUCUUCUGGUCCCGAUGCUGAAGACAAACGCAGUCGAACCCACUAUCCGACAGCACGCAGUCCAGAUCUUCGCUGCCCUGUCGGAAACGAACAGAGAGGCAGCAGCAGCCGUGCUUUUGAACGAUGCCAGGGCUAACUUCAGCACCAUUUUGUCCAUGCUGCGGGACAGGAACGUGAGAAUGGAGGACUCGAAGACAGUUCAGGAGCAAGUGGCAGCAUUGGCCAUUCUGGCCAACAUGCCACUGGAGAAUGACCUCGUCACCCUAAGCCUUUUACAAGCGGACUGCAUACCCGUGCUGUUCAAAUACCUGGACAGCAGACAGGGCCCAAUACAGGACGAAGCAGCCGGUGCUCUGCUGCGCUUCACGGCUCCCACUGGGCCCAAAGACAUGCAGCUGAACCUGGCGGAGCAGGGAGUGGUGCAAUGGUACGUCAAUUUGCUGAACUCUUCCCGGUCCUCGUCCAGAGAGAGGGCAGCGAGAGCACUGACCAACUUCUCGAAAAGCAGCGCCAAACUGUCCGUCGCCGUGACUCCCUCGGGGUUCUUCCACUGCUUCAGGCCCAAUAUCUCCACCUGCCCGAUCCACAAGGGCAUUUGCAGGGUCGAGAGCAACUUCUGCCUGAAGGAGGCGGAUGCUGUGCCUCCGCUGCUGGCGGUGAUAAAGGACGGGGAUCCUUUGGCGGCAGAGGCCGCCAUCGAGACCCUGCUCACUCUGGUGGACGACGAUCUGCCGUCGUACGAGCCUGGAGCGCAUCUCAUCGCCAAGAGCAAGGGAGUUCCGAUGCUGAUCAACGUGCUGAACAAUGGCACCACGGCCUCGCAGGAGAUGGCGGUGCUUCUGUGCGAGAUUAUCUUCCGGUUGCCGGAGUACAGGGCACAGUACGGCUCCGCCCUGCAGAUGCACGUGAUCACCGUUGCACAGAAAGGGAGCAAGAAGGCGAAGCAACUUGCCGGCAAGGUCCUCAGGCAACUCGACCUCCUCCACAGCCAAUCCCAAUACUUCGCCCAGUCGCAUCCCACUUUAGAGUAGACAUCAUUUGAUCCUGUAUACUGAGAAGCCAUUACCUCCCAAUUUUAGCUACCUUUUUGAUAGAAUAAAGCUGUCCAGUGCUGGUACGACUCCAAAUCCUAGUCUGAAAUCGAAUCAUGGCGUCCCUGCUCAGGACACUCGUGACUUGGACUCUGCAGCAGAGCGUAUUCUAACAGUUGUGAAGAGGUCAGAACAUCCUGAGUCAGACACAUUCUAUGCAACCUCACGCGAAAAUGUUUUUCGUCCAUUUGACCCGCUUCGAAAAUUCUUCCGAGCCACGCGACAGAACUUGCACCGAAGAAGCUCGACGGUUCAAUGCCUUUUUCGCUGCCUACCCCUGAGAAGAGAAGACUCUUGAGAGAGAGAGAGAUAGAGAGAGAUAGAUGGUAGAUGGUGGGGGAGAUGGGGAAUCUGAACGGCAUGAUCUUGAUGGAAUCCAGGGGCUUGUAUCAAACGUAGCGAAGAUCCAGGAGGUCACUCAUUGUCUGUCCCAGUGUAUAUAUGUAGAUAUGGGACUGACAGUAUUUUCCCUUCAAGUCUACGAUUGACUCAAAUGUUAAGCCAAAACUUCUGUAAUUAGGCCUGGGAAGCAACAUACGUCAACCAUAGAUGAUGUUUUAACUUUCCAAAUUUUUAAACUUCUAUACUUUCAAUAAAAGC